AUGGGAACAGCUACUAGAGUACUUGUGAGUGUAUUAGGACUAGUGCUAGUGUUGUUGAGUGGAACCAUAUGCUCAGCCUCUAGAACUCUUGAAAGUACUCCAAAGGCAACACAGAAGCACAACAAUGUCACCAGUCACAGCCUUGACACUGCUAAUGGAGCUGGCCAUGAAGGCAAUGACACUAGUAGUGUUCAUGGAAUGAAGGUUGAGAAGGAAGACUAUGAUGACCAUGAUGGUAAAAGGAAGCAUUGCCAUUAUCAUGGAUAUGAUGAAGACUGUGAUGAUGGCCAUGGAAAAGGAGAUGAUUAUGGAAAGGGUAGAGAUAAAGGAUAUGACUCUGGAUGUGGUGGAGAUGGAGGGUAUGAUGAUGGCUAUGGAAAGGGUAAAGAUAAAGGAUGUGAUGAUGGAUAUGGUGGAGGAGGAGGUUUUGGUUAUGGUGAUGGCUAUGGAAAGGGUAAAGAUAGAGGACGUGACUCUGGUUAUGGUUCUGGUUGGAAUGGGUAUGGCUAUGGCUAUAGCUAUGGUGGUGGAGGUGGUGGCGGCGGCGGUGGCGGUGGCGGCGGAGGUGGCGGAUAUGAAGGUGGAUAUGGUCGUGGUGUUUCUGCAGCGCGUGCCUCCACUACUUCUCCUUGA